UUUGACAUUUGAGUGUGUUUUGUUUUGUUGUUGAUUUGAAACGAUACAAGAAGCCGCACUUUUUUGUAAACAUUUUUCGUUUUUAAAACUUUUGCCCUUAAAUUUUAAUAAAUAAGCUUUAAGAAUGUCUUCUAAACCACCAGAAACACUGACAUUUCCCAAUGAUGAACCCAUCGUCCUCGACUGUAAGUCGGCAGUCUCUUAUAUGAAUAAAAACGACUAUGAUCGAUCUCAGAUGACUCUUGGAUUUGUAUGGCAUCUUAUCAAUGUCCAUCAUCGUGGUAAAUUUUCACAACGUUCGAUUCUUGAAGCUCUAUUCAAAGCUGUUGGCGAUGAAGAAUUCUUUCCAAUGGUCUACAAGGAAGGGUCACAAAUUGAUUCAUUUCUAGUUCGACAAUGUACACCAGCACUGGACAAACUUUUCUUAAAGAAUUUAUGCCUCACUAUGCCCAAUGGAAGCACAUUGAAGCUGGAAGUUUUGCUUAAUGUUGGUGUCUAUAAAUUUGGUCAGAUAUCGCCAUCGAGGCGUAUAGAAAAAGCCCUUGCUGGCUUGUUUAAGAAGUUAGAAAAAGGAGGUAUUUUGAAUUUGAAUGAAUUCGGCAAAAAUCCAGAAUUCAGUGAUAUUGUUGUAAAUCUUCAGAAUAAAGCCGUGUUCGAAGCUGUUUGCCGUUCAGUAUUCCGAAACGAAGAACAAUUUCGGCGUGUCAAUGGCUUACGCCUGAAAAACAAUAAUAUUUCAAGUCUGCAACCUUUGAAAGUCUUCAAUGGUUGUGAAUUUGAUGUAUUAGAUCUCAGUGGAAAUAGGCUACAUUCGUCUUCACGAAUUUGCAAAGACUUGAAAGAAAUCAAAAUUGAAUUACUUUUUCUCGAAGGGAAUCCGGUGACCGAAGGUGAAGAUUAUCCCUUGAAUUUGAAAAAUUUAUUCAAAAACUUCGUCAAGUUGGAUGGUCGAACUGUGGAGGAGUUAAAAACUAUGCCGAAACAAUUAGAGAAGGAUGAUGAUGAUGGUAAUACGGUUGCAAAAUUAAUUGAUCCAAACAAGCCGAAUCGCUUAAAAAAAUAUGAAAAUAAUGACAACUGGAAUUCAAUAACUAUAACGAAUCCAAAUAACUAUGGAAAACGUGAAAUUUUAGAUGCCUUCUUUGAUGCUCUUCCUCAAGAAUUGGGGGAAAUAUACCCCUGCAAUUAUAUCGAAGAACCACAAGAGCACACUUUUUUCGUUCGAGAGUGUUAUGAGCAGUUAAAAUUUUUAGUAAACAAUUGUAAGCUACAAAUCCAAGGACCAGACCCAAAUUCCGAAAGACUUACACUACAGUUACGAAUGAACGUUAAGAACUUUGAUAAUGAUCCCUUGGAUGCCGUCAAAGCUAUAGCAAAAGCUAUCACACAGAGAUUUUUUGAAAAAGAUCGCUUGUUGGAUUUGGAAGACUUGAAUUCAGCUGCGGGUCUCGAAAAUGUUGAACUGAAUCUCCGAUCGCCCAGAGUCCUCAAUCGAGUUCUAACCCAAGCUAGCAAUAGAUUUGCAAAGAAAAUUUUAGAAUUACGAUUGGGUAGAAAUCGUAUAUGGAGUUGUAAUUUUGCCAAACCCUUUCUUCAGAUGUUGCACUUGAGAGUACUUGAUUUAAGUUAUAAUAAUUUGAAGGAUUUCAGUGAUUUCUUAGAAUUGGAAAAACUCCCAAUCAAAGCUUUGAUUUUGAAUGGCAAUCCUCUUUGUGAUUCGUACACUUAUGCACCUGAGUAUAUCAAAGCUACCAAAGCUAUGUUUCCUGAGAUUACUAAAUUAGAUAAUAUUGAGCUAGGUUCACUGUCGCUUUUGAAAACCAAGAAGAAUUUUCUCUGUGACCUCAAUGGAUAUGAUUUGGUUCAACAAUUUGUAAAUCAUUAUUUUACGUUAUUUGAAUCAGAAAAUAGACUUGAUUUAAAAGAAAUGUAUCAUCCAAAAGCGAUAUUUUCGAUGACCUGCAACUAUAGCCUGGCUAAACUUAAUAAUCAUACUACAAAGCGAAUCUCUCGGUACACAAAUUUAGCACGAAAUAUUCUGAAAAUGUCAGACUUCUCUAGAGCUGUGGCCUCGUUGCAUAGUGGCUAUGACGAAAUUUGCCAGGCUUUGGUGGCGAUUCCAAAUGUUGAACAUGAUGUUGUCGGAUUUACGACCGAUACAACAAUAUUAAAUGAUAACAUGUUUGUAAUAACAAUUACGGGAGUAUUAAAAGACCUUGCUCAAUCAGCUAUUGAUCCGGAUAUAAUUUUGGCUUUUAGCAGAAUUUUCGUACUAACACCUUUCAUCAAAGACACGGGUAUACUUGGUUGUUCUAGCGAAUUUCAAAUAAUCAACGAUCUGUUUAGUGUGUCUAAUCCAUCAGAAUGGCAACUGCAGAAUUCAUUUAAAUUCUCUAGAAAUCCAAUAAUUAAAAAAGAAAAAACACUUACAAGCGAAGACAAAGAAGGUUUGAUAGUAAUGUUUCAAGAGCUUACUACAAAUAAAACAAUUUGGUGUAGAAGGUUUCUUGAUGAAGCCGAUUGGGAUUUUCAAAAAGCGGUUGAACUUUUUCUUGAAGAAUUAAAAAAGAACAAAAAACUUCUUUAGUCGUUUCUCAUGUUUUAUGAUGAUUUACUUUUUGUACUUUUAUAUAAAUAAAGUGUUAUUUUGUUUACUUUUAUUUCUUAAACCAAGAUAAUAAUUAAGU